GCCAAUAUACAGGAAAGGCAUGGGAAAUGAUGAAUUAUGGAGGAAACUUUUGUGAGGAUUCUGUGUCUUCUUCUCCCUUCCUCUUCUUUCUCUUUUCUUUUGUUAAUCAAUUUCUUCUGCAUCAGUUAGAUCAAAUGAAUGUUGUUUAUAUUAAUUUUUGGGCUGUUAGUAUUGCAUUCCAACGUAUCAGAGUUUCUUCUUUUUGAGCAAUUAAAGGAUAAGAUUUGCACAUGUGAUCAUAGUUUUUGGUUGGAUCUGAUCAAUUUUUGACAUGGGUAAAUUGCCGCUUGGUAAAAAAAAAUUGCAUCUGUUAAUGAAAUCUGGUUAUGAACAAUGCUAUUUCUGCAUCACAGAAAACAGAAUAGCUGCAAUUCUUUUGAAAGAAGCAGCCGAACGUAGACGACAAGCAGAGAGGGAUGGCAUCCAUGUUUUUCUUCAGCACCCUAAAGUGAGGGGUCGCUCAAAUUCACGGUUCCCCGCUGCAACUGUGCUUGGUGUACAGUCAGCAAAUAGAGCUGUUGAAGUGAAUGAGAUGUGGCGAGUUCGACAAAAGGAGAUGGAACUAAAUGAGAGGCUAAAAUCAAGAUCAAAUGACCAUAGUGGGAAUAGCAGAAUUGUGUGGAUAUUAGCAUCCCUUAUAGAAGCAGAAAUAGGAGGCAUGAGAGCAAUGUUAGUUCUUCAUGCUCAUCAAGCAAAGCAGUAGCAGAGGGUAGUUAUUCAAGGGACAUGAAGGUCUAAGAGACAAUGAGAUCGAUGAAUUUCUUUAGUCAAGGUUUGUACCACAUUUAUACAAAAAGUUGGUAUGUUGGGGGAGAAUUAGUGGAUUCACAUGAUGAGUCUCUUUGCAUGUGAAGUCACCCCUCACGUAGGCUAUAUAUGUUGAUUUAGAUUUUUAUCAGUAAAAAGUUCAAUCGUUAAACCGAUUUUAGGAUGACAGGGUGAAGUGCAGUCGAGGUUCUAUAGGUUCUAGGAUGGAUGAAACUGGACCUUAUCUACCUACAAAUUCCGAGUCCCUAGGGAAGCAGUCAACAAGCUGAACUGGAAUGGAUGAUCGUGUCAAGUUGGGUCCUGAAAAGCCUUCUUCCCUGAAGUCUGAUGAAUCUUCUUCUGAUUCAGAGCCCCAUGAACAUGGAAAGAACGAAAAGGACCACCCUGAGAGAUCAAAUAAAAGGCACAGUAGGAAGCACAAAUCUGAAGAAAAAGCUAGAAAUAGGAAAAAGAAGAGGAAAGAUGAGAAAAGAAGUAAACAUGACAAGUGAAGUGAGUAUUUGACAAUUAAUGUACACUACAAGUUUCGUAUUUCUUAUUCCAUGGUGCUGAUUCAUCAUAA